AUGAAAGCGUCGAGUAAAGCCGGCCUUACAGAGCUGCGCAGCGUCCAGACCUCGUCAUCAUUUCCUUGUAUUCUCUACAUCUGCGUUCACAUCUGCAAAAGGGUGCAGGCACAAGUUAAAGCAUCUAUGCGCAUAUGCACUCGCACGAUCAGUGUCAAUAGUGCGCCUCCCCAUUCGAGUCAGCAAUGGAAAAAUAAACAGUCGAAUAUAGAGAUUGAUGAGUACGCUUGUACUAGCUUUCUCACAUUCAUAAAUUCUACAUCAAUAAAUCAUAUCUACAUCUAUCUAUCUAUCUAUCUAUCUAUCUAUCUAUCUAUCUAUCUAUCUAUCUAUCUAUCUAUUACACCGUGUAUAAUGCUUGCAUAUAUGUAUAUAUUCAUUUAUCUCAAUAUGCACAUAUCUGUCAACAUCAUUCCUCUCAUGUUUAAUUCUAUCUGUCUAUCUAACUGUCUGUUCUUACCUAUCCGUUCAAAUCUAUCUAUCUAUCUAUCUAUCUAUCUAUCUAUCUAUCUAUCUCAUUCAAUUCAUUAUCUAUCUAUCUAUCUAUCUAUCUAUCUAUCUAUCUAUCUAUCUAUCUGA